GAAUAUUACAAUAUAUUAUAGAUUUCAUCAUGCAACUCAUUUCCAUAUAUCAAUAUUUAAUAAAUGAAAUAAAUUCUCAUUUUCAUUUUAAGCUUAUGGCUAGUGUUCGCUUAAGAUAAAUUAUUGGCUGUAUAAGCAAUUUGGAGACAUGGAGCAAGAAAUCCUUACUAUUGUAAUUUUAAAUGUGAUUUAAAUGUACCAAAAGGAGAUGCAGCAUUAUUAACACCUACAGGAAUGAGAUAAUAAUAUGUAUUAGGAAAAUGGCUUAGAUAAAGAUACAUCUUAGAUAUUCCACUUUUAUCACCUACUUUUAAUGAAAAUGAAAUAUACAUUGAAAGCUCAGAUGUUAAUAGGUAUACAUAGAAUGAAAAAUAACUAGGACUUUAUAAAGUGCCUAUUGUAAUUUAUAAGGAAUGUAUCCAGAAGGACCUGUUGUUCCUCAUUUUGAAGGUGAAAAUACUUCAUUGCUUUUACCACCAAAUAAUGGAGCUAUUGUUCCUAAAGAUAUUAAAGAUUAUGCUUUACCUAACAAAAUCUAAUUGAUACCUAUCCAUACUAAAUAAAAAAGUCUGGAUUAUGCUGUAGCUAUUUCAUGUCCUAAGGGUGUUAAUAUGACUGCUGAAAAUUAAAAAUCAGAUUUAUAUAAAGAAGUCAAUGAUGCCACUGCUAAAUUAUAUAAAGAUUUUAAUGAAUAACUAAAUUUAAAAGGAGAAGAACAAGUUAAUGAUUUUGUAGUUCUCUCUAAUUAUAGAGAUACCUUUAUUUGCAAUAGGUACAAUGGUGAUGAAAUGCCAAACUUAACAACAGAAACAUUAAAAUAAAUUGAUGAUGUUGCCAAUUUAGCUUUUAGUCUUGAGAAAUUUUAAACACCAUUGUAAAUCAUUUCAAUUAUUUUAUAGAUAAGUUAAACUUUAUUCAACUCCCUACUUUAAAUAAGUUAUAGAUCAUUUUGAUAGCAUUCUGAAUGGAACUUCACAUUUUAAAUACUAUGGAUCUUCAUCUCAUGAUUCUACAAUUUUAGCUUUAUUAUCUGGUUUAAAUUUAACAAGUGCUUAAUGCCAAGCUGAUAUUUAUUUAAAUAAAAAUGUAACCCAUAAAAAUUGUAUUACUUAAGUAUUACAAAAUAAUUGAUUUGUUAGUAUGUUGAAUUCGCUUCUAAUCUCAUUUUUGAACUCUAUAAUAACUCAAUCACAGGACCAUAUGUUAAAGUAUUAUAUAAUGGCCAAUAUAUGCCACUUUGUUCAGAUGAGGGUUAGACUUGCAAAUAUUCAACUUUACAUUCCAUUUUCAUGGCAUAAUAAGUAGAUUAUAAAAAAGAAUGUGGAAUUCCUAAUGAUGAUGAAAUCCCUGUAUAAUUAUGAUAUAAUUCAUUUAUUCAGAUCCAAAAUGAAACUCCAGGUUGGGCUUUAGCAUUUUUCAUCAUUGUUAUUCUCUUAUUAGUUGGAGCAUUAGGAAUGGUCAUUCUUAUUAAAAGAAAGGUAUCAAAUUCAAAAUGAAAUUUAAAAUGUUUUAUACAAAAAAUUUAUUAUAGAUCAAGC